GUCAGUAGCCAAACCGCGUCCGGCCGUGUUGCCAAGUCGCGCUCGAAAAAUGAGGAAAGAAAGACAGACAUUACCGUAAAGAAAGAAAUAAAGAAAGAAAAUGAUACGAGCGGUGAUGGUGAUGAAUACACAGGGAAAACCUCGGCUUGCCAAAUUCUAUGAUUAUCAGCCCGUGGAGAAGCAACAGGAGCUGAUACGGAGCAUUUUUGGAGUUUUAUGCAGUAGAGCAGAGAACGUUAGCAACUUCAUUGAAGCUGAUGCAAUCUUUGGCCUGGAUACGCGGUUGGUGUACAAGCACUAUGCCACUCUUUACUUUGUCUUUGUAUUUGACAGUUCCGAAAAUGAGCUAGCUAUGCUCGACCUCAUACAAGUUUUUGUUGAGACACUGGAUAAAUGCUUCAAGAACGUUUGUGAGCUUGACAUUGUGUUCAAUUUUAACAAGAUGCAUACUAUUUUAGAUGAGAUUGUGCUUGGAGGCCAGGUCUUGGAAACGAGUUCUGCAGAAGUGAUGAAGGCUGUUGGUGAAAUUACAAAGAUGGAGUGGUCUUCAGAUGCAACCGUGCUCAUUCCGAAGUCAGUCUCUAGCAGGCUAGGCCGAUGACAAGUUCCAAUUUGGAAAAGGACCAUCUUACAUUUUUGUGUGUGUGUGUGUGUGUUUUUCCCUUUGUUUGUCACUACAAACAUGACAUUUGGUUCAAAGAUAUCCCAAGGUGUUGGAAGGGUUUUUGCACUUCCUUGCUGUCCGACAAAACACUUACCAGUUGUAUUUGAGCAAGCUGAAUGAUUCGAACGUGGUUAAUUAGGAAUAAUCCAUGUCAAUUGCAUA